GGUGAAUCGUCUUCCACAUUGUUGCUCAGGUACUCUUCAGUGACUAAUUUUAAGAAAAUCAUUUGUGAAGCUAACGUCCUCCCGCUUGAGGAAGUCUGUGAUAAAUCUUCUGGUUAAGCUGGCCAGUGGAUGGCGUCCCAAGAGAAAAGAAUGUGGAUUCAAUUUCUGAGAGCUCAUCUCAAAUUGUAAAACAAAUUUAAGGUUGUAAGGCCCGUUUGUCGUUUGCUCAUUGAUAUUCAGAAAGAAUCCACCUAUACUCAAGUGCUGAGGUUUGGGAUGUAUUGCCCUUGGAGGAGGUUGCAAAGUUGUUGAAACGUCUUGAUAACAUAUUUGCAAUGUACACUGAUGAAUUCAUUAAGCUUUGCAAGGAGAAGUGUCUUGUGGGGGACUUGGAAGUUCCGAAGAUUUGGAUGCUUUGUCGUGAGAUAAGUCAGUAUAAAAGCAUUUCUAGUGAGAUCCAAUUGAAUCAUGAAUCAAUUGGUGCGGAAGAUUGUAGAAGUUGUGUUGAACAUUCAAGAGUCAGUGAAAGCUUGUUAUUGAUGAAGUUUUACUCAUUAUCAUCUGGUGUUGUCAAUCAUUUGCUCUCUGAUCUCCAUGGUGAAGCAUUAGAUCUCCCUUUUGAAGUUACUAAUGAAGAGAGGGAUAUAAUCCAAUUUAGUAGAAGCAGUUUCAUCCUCGGUCGCUCAGGCACGGGGAAAACCACAGUUUUGACCAUGAAGUUAUUGCAGAAGGAGCAACAACAUCACAAUUCUGUUGAAGGAUUAAAUAAAUCAGGGAAGCAAGAAGUAAAUCAAUUUGAAGGGGAAGCAGAUGAGGAUAAUCAAUGUGUAGGAGAGGCUAUCAGGGAAACCCUGCGUCAACUUUUCGUGACUGUUAGUCCAAAACUUUGUUAUGCUGUCAAACAGCAGAUUUCUCAGUUGAAAAGCUUUGCUUGUGGUGGAAGUUUCUCAGCAGAAAACAGCUUGCUUGAGAUUGAUGAUUUGGAUGGGACGACACAGUUUAGAGAUUUACCGAACUCUUUUAUUGGCAUUCCUUACAUGAAAUACCCUCUUGUGAUCACAUUUCACAAGUUCUUAUUGAUGCUUGACGGAACAAUAGGUUCUUCCUACUUUGAUAGGUUCCAUUUGAAGUGGGACCUGUUUGAAGACAGAAGUUUGAGGUCAGCUGCUUUAAGAUCCUUCAUAAGAGAGAAGGAGGUCAACUACGAAUGCUUCUGUAGCUCGUAUUGGCCUCACUUCAGUACUGUGUUGACAAAAAAUCUUGAUCAUUCAAGGGUGUUUACUGAAAUUUAUGGUAUUUUUCAGGAUUAUGAAAAGAUGAAGAUGGAGCGUGCUGAAUAUGAUAUAGCUGAUUUGGUUAAUGAUCUUCAUAGUCGGCUAAAGUAUCAGCAUCUCGAUGGUGACAAAGUAGAUUUUGUGUAUAUUGAUGAAGUUCAAGAUCUCACAAUGAGACAGAUAGCGUUGUUCAAAUAUAUUUGUAGAAAUGUCGAAGAAGGAUUUGUUUUCUCUGGUGAUACAGCACAAACAAUUGCUAGGGGGAUAGAUUUCAGGUUUGAAGACAUUAGGAAUCUCUUCUAUACCGAGUUUGUCAUGGAUUCAAAGGGUGAUGAAGUUUCCCAUAGAAAAGACAAGGGACAUUUAUCACCUGUUUUUCAGUUGCUUCAGAACUUCCGGACACAUGCCGGUGUACUCAAACUAGCACAGAGUGUAGUUGAUUUGCUUUGUCAUUAUUUCCCUCACUCUGUUGAUUUCUUGAAACCUGAAACAAGUCUUAUUUAUGGUGAGGCUCCGGUAUUGUUGAAGCCCGGAGCUGAUGAAAAUGCAAUUCUAACUAUUUUUGGGAAUACUGGAAGUAUUGGAGAAAAAAUGAUAGGUUUUGGUGCAGAGCAGGUAAUCUUAGUGCGGGAUGAAUCUGCGAAGAAGGAAAUCUCCGGUUAUAUUGGAAGGCAAGCACUUAUUUUGACUAUUGUUGAAUGCAAGGGUUUGGAAUUUCAGGAUGUACUGCUGUACAAUUUUUUUGGGUCAUCGCCACUUAGUAAUCAGUGGAGAGUGGUAUAUGAGUUUAUGAAAGGAAAAGGUGUAGUAGAUAUAUCCUUCCCAAAUUUCUGUGAAGAACGACAUAGUCUAUUGUGUUCUGAACUAAAACAGCUUUAUGUUGCCAUCACUCGAACAAGACAAAGGUUAUGGAUUUGUGAGUGUGUCGAAGAAUUUUCCAAGCCUAUGUUUGACUACUGGAGAGGAUUGUGUCUAGUGGAAACAAGGGAGAUAGAUGAUUCACUUGCACAAGCAAUGCAAACUUCUAGCACCCCGGAGGAGUGGAAGUCGAGGGGAGUGAAGCUCUUUUGGGAAAAGAAUUAUGAGAUGGCAAUCAUGUGCUUCGAAAAAGCAGGAGAAAGGAAUUGGGAGAAAAGGGCGAAGGCAGCUGGAUUCAGGGCAGCUGCUGAAAGAAUUCGUGAUUCAAAUUCCAAAGAGUCUUCCACCUACCUACGUCAGGCGGCUGAAAUUUUUGACUCGAUUGGGAGGUUUGAGGCAGCAGCAGAAUGUUUUUAUGAUUUGAGGGAGUAUGAACGGGCAGGUAACAUUUGGUGUUUACUUUCUCAGGAGUUCCUUCAUUGCUAG